AAAUUUGGAAGAAGAAUAUGGAUAGUGGUCGGGCUAGCCACAUUCAUAAUAGUGAUGAUGGCGAAGGUAGAACCAUCAGAAUACCUGUUCGGGACAGAGUACGAGGUUCGAGUCAUCAAUGGUUUCACGAACAACUCAUCGGUGCCAUUGGUGAUAUGGUGUUCCAACGAAGAAGCCGAUCUCGGAGGCAGAGCCCUUCAGGAGCACGACGACUUCAGCUGGAAGAUGAAGACCCAUUUCUGGAGCAGCAACCUCAUGAAGUGUACCAUGAAAUGGGACCAAACCAGAAAGAAGUUCGACGCUUUUAAGGCUUCCAGAGACGCCCAUCGCUGUGGCCCUUUCAAGAUGUGCACUUGGCUCGUCACCGAACAUGGUUUCUUCUUCAGCAACGAUCUUGUCAAUUGGUACAAGGACUUUGAAUGGUGAUUUCACUCAUCACCUUUCAUACAUGUGUUAUAUACUAAGCCCACAAUAAAUUACAAGGUUUUGUUUUGACGAGUCUUUAGUUACUUUUUUUCUUGUAACUUCUAUGACAGUUUCUGCCAUAGAUAUUCUGUUUUUUGGCGUUCAGGGAAUGCUAAGGUUUUG